AAUUUCUCGUUUAAUUGUUUUUCUUGAAAAACCUCGUGCUUGAGGGUUUAAUGCCUGUUGACAAUAAUCAAUAAAACCAAGUUUUUCAGAAAACAUGUAUGGCAAAUUUUCUUCACAAAUCAUUUCGGCCAUUUUUUGCCUAUUUUGCUCGUCGCUAUAAGCAAAAAGGCCGCCCUUACCUCUGUUAGCAAACCGAGAAAUUUGGGUUUGCACUUCUUGUCGUCCCUUUUUUUCGGCCUCGUAUUUGGCGUACUCCACGGGAUGCCUCGACCUUAGGUGUUUUUCUGGACCGCCAUAACCGCCGGAAACUCCCAUUUUUAUGACGGUCCCGCAAUGUUUACAAGUUCCAUAAACUAUGCCAUCUUUUGUGUCUUUGUCAAAAUGAUAAACAAAUAAUUCUGAUUUAUAUUUUUUCUUACCUCUGUCCGGACCUCGAGAGGUCUCGGGCUCACCUGCCUCCAUGUCGACGUCGUUGCUUUGCGGUAAGUCCAGUCCAGCCAAAGCAAACUCCCUAGCCCUCAUAUUUCCGUUCCACAUAGAAAGCGGAAGUAGCCAAACGCCCAAACCCAAGCACGAAUGGAAAUUGAAAAAGAAGUCGCCGAGAGAGAGACGCCGUCGCCCGCCUGCACGCUCCACUGCUGCAGAGUCUAGCCACUGUCUACCAGACGCCGCCUCGCUGGAAACUCUCCAGCCUCCAGGUCCCGGAGUCCAGGUAUGGAGGUAAAAAAUACUCCCUCCGUCCCCCAGUUUUUGUCCACUUUUGACUUUUGGAACUGUUCAUCUAAGCACUUUGACUCAACAAAUUCUCUCAAUGUGUAAACCUAAAUAUAGUCAUUUUUGACUUUGGAAGAAAAUAAGGAAAGUGAAAUUUUGGUUGAGUUUCCAAUUUUGCCCUUGAUGUGAUGGAAAAAAGUAAGAUAUGAUAGUUUGGUUAUUAGUGAAAAAGUAUGAUGUGAUAGGUAGGGUAUGAAAAAGUAGGGGUAAAAGUGGUUUUUUAAUACUCCCUCCGUCCCUAAAUAUUUGUCACAUUUGUAUUCUCGAGGCAAAAUAUCAAGUUUUUUCAAUUCAUUUUAUUUACAUAUUGAUAUAGAAAUAAAAAAUAAAAUUUACAUAUCAAA